AUGUUGGUGUGGAAGAACGUCUACGUGAAGCGGCUGUGUCGCCGCUACAUCACCACGCUGCUCGAGAUUGUGCUGAUGGUGGUGCUCCUGUUGGGGAUCCAGGAGAGCUCCGUGGUGCGCGAGCCACUGAUUCGCAAGGGGGACACCAUCUUUUCGCCCAUCAGCCCAACCACCUUCUGGGACACGGAGCACGACAUGGUGCAAAUCAAACAGGUGUUGUAUGCGCCUGCUGACAACAGGUACUUGUCCCGGCUGACGCGUGAAGCAAUGAAGACGCUGCACGUGCCCGGCGUGAUGGGAAUGCACUCGGAAAAAGAACUCGUAGCUGCCAUGAUGCUGCAGAACCAGACGCCAGUGCACACCGUGGGGCUGCUCUACGGCAACGUGAGGCCCGGCGACAAGUUCAGCAUGCCGGUUGACCUGCGGAUCACCUUCUUCGGCGGCAGACUGCCUAUGGACGUGCUCGUCCACUACCCCCAGCGGAUCCUGUCUCAGCCGGAGGGACCAUCAGCCGAGGAGCGCUUCCCAGAGAUGAACACCUUGCUCCCUAUCAUUGGGACGCUACAGCAGAUGCAUCUGGAAAUGCUGGUGUCUCCGCACAACCAUUCCGUGCACUUGCUGCAGCCCGUGGUUCUGCAGCGCUUCCCUUACCCGAGUUACAUCGAGUACAAGGACACGCAGAACUACGCGCUGGUGCUGACCCGGUUCUGUGUCGGCAUGCUGAUCCCUUUCGCUUUCUUCGUUGCCAUGCUCAGCGAAGAGAAGGUCACAGGCAUGAAAGAGAUGCUCCGGCUGGUAGGCAUAGGUGACUGGGUGUACUGGUCCGGCCACUACCUGAGCGCGGCCUUCUUGCACGUCAUCAUAGCGACUCUCAUGAUGCUGUUCGUGUGCGUCAAGAGGAACGAGGAAGGGCGCUCCUUCAUCCAGUACAGCGACCCUAUGAUCGUGUUUUUCAUCCUGCUGUGCUUCGGGAGCUCAUGCACUAUGCACGCCACGCUACUGUCCAUGUUCUUCAAAAGUCCACACAGUGCCGUGGCCGGAGCCAUGGUGUACUGGACAUUCAGCUGCGUCAUGCCGUUCCUACUUCUGGAGAACGACGGAGGCCAGGGUUACCACUUCAUCAGACGCUGGCACAAACUCGUCACCUGCGUCUUUCCCGGCAUGAGCUUGCACUGGAGCUUCCGCGUGCUGGAACGCUUCGAGAAGUUUGUGGCUUUUGGAGCCAACUGGAGCAACUUCUACGACCGCAGCGCCACUCCAGACAACGUGACACUGGCAGAGAUCGUGUUCAUAGGCCUGAUAUGCGACUGUUUCAUCGUGGCCGCAGUCUGGUACCUAGACAACGUGGUGCCCGUGGGUCCAGGAAUCGCCAAGCCUUUCUACUACCCGUUUCAGGUGCUCGCAAAUACCCGGCGCGGGUGGCGCAACCGUUUUAGCGUUCCGAUUCACGGGACGAGGUCACAGACUGGUCUCCAUGUUACUAUGGCUACGUCUUGA